AUGGCACCGUACGAGAUGCUCUAUGGUAGGAAAUGUCGAACCCCGGUAUGUUGGGACGAAGUGGGCCCACGUGAACUUGCCCCCCAAGAUAUAGUACGAGCCACCAAUGAAAAGAUUGAUGUGGUUCGGGCUCACUUGAAAGCGGCUCAAGAUAGACAAAAAUCGUAUGCUGACAAAAGGAGGAGACCAAUCGAAUUCCAGGUUGGCGACAAAGUCAUGCUCAAAGUGUCCCCAUGGAAAGGGGUUAUCCGGUUUAGAAAGAAAGGGAAGUUGAACCCAAGAUUUAUCAGACCGUUUACGGUUAUCGAACGGGUAGGAAAGGUAACCUAUCGCCUUGAACUACCGGAAGAACUAAGCGGAAUUCAUAACACGUUUCACGUGUCACAUCUUCGAAAAUGUCUAGCGGAUGAGUCAACUUAUAUCCAUUACGAUGACAUCGAGGUGGAUGACAGAUUAAACUAUGUAGUAAGGCCCAUUGCGAUUUUGGAUCGUAAGGUGAAAACGUUAAGGAAUAAAGAGAUCAAUCAAGUAAGGGUCAAAUGGGAACACAAGAAGGGGGCGGAUACCACAUGGGAAUCCGAAGAGGAGAUGCAACGGCUUUACCCUACUUUAUUUGGUACGUAA